AUGGGGAAGAAAAAGAAAUGUGCAUUAGCGGUCAUCAUGGAAGAUGCUGGAAUAGAAAUUGAUGGACAAGUCGAAAGUGACACAGAGAGUGAAGAAGAUGAAGCAAAGGAAAAGACACCUAAGAGAAAGCCCCGAAGAGAAGCUGUCAGGCCAAAUAGACUUAAAAGGGAAAAGCAACAGAAGGACAAAGAAGAAGAUGAGAGCAAAGAGGAAGACAAUGGUCCUAGACAAAAUAGAGCCUCUAAGAGAAAAAAACACCAAAGAAAAAACAGUGAUGGAAAAAAGACAGAAGAGGGAGUAAGCCACAAGAGAGAGAGAGAUAAAAAGGCUCCUAACAAAGAGCAAAAGGAUUCAGAGAAUAAAGAAAAGAAAACAAACAAAGAGAAAGGAAAAGAGAGGGAGAACAAAGAGAAGAAAGAGAGGAAAAACAGUACUCCUUCCACUACUUCCAGCUCAUCCGAUGAGGAAUCGCUGUCAGAGGAAGAGCUUGCGAUGCUGAUGGAACAGGUGGAGCAAAAGAAAAAACUAAUUUCUACCAUGAGGAACAAGCCCUGGCGAAUGGUGAAGAAACUCUCCAUGCUCAGGGAGGCACAAGCUUUUGUAGAGAAGUUUGAAGGAGCCUUGGGAAAAGGAAAGGGCAAAAAGCUGUACGCAUAUAAGAUCAUGAUGGCAAAGAAAUGGGUGAAAUUUAAGAGAGACUUUGCUAAUUUUAAAACACAGUGCAUUCCCUGGGAGAUGAAGAUAAAAGAAGUGGAGAGUCACUUUGGAUCCUCAGUUGCUUCCUACUUCAUAUUUCUGCGAUGGAUGUACGGAGUAAAUCUUGUCCUUUUUGGUUUAAUAUUUGGACUGGUUAUAAUUCCAGAGGUCCUGAUGGGAAUGCCAUAUGGGAGCAUGCCGAGGAAAACUGUACCCCGGGCUGAACAAGCAACGGCUAUGGAUUUUUCAGUUCUUUGGGAUUUUGAGGGAUACAUCAAAUACUCUGCACUCUUUUAUGGCUACUACAACAACCAACGGACGAUUGGCUGGUUAAAAUACAGGCUACCGAUGGCAUAUUUCAUGGUUGGGAUCAGCAUAUUUGGCUACAGCCUGAUGGUUGUUAUAAGAUCAAUGGCACGCAACGCCAACGAGAGUACAGGAGAAGGGGAUGACGAAAAUUUCACUUUCAGCUGGAAAAUGUUCACUAGCUGGGACUACCUCAUUGGCAACCCAGAGACAGCAGACAACAAGUUUGCAUCAAUCACCACCAGCUUCAAGGAAUCUAUUGUGGACGAGCAAGAAAGCAACAAGGAUGAGAACAUCCACCUGAGAAGGUUCCUGCGGGUGCUGGCAAAUGUGCUCAUCAUAUGCUGCUUGUGUGGCAGCGGUUACCUCAUUUACUUCGUGGUGAAACGCUCUCAGACUUUUUCCAAAAUGCAGAACAUUGGGUGGUAUGAAAGAAAUGAGGUUGAAAUUGUAAUGUCCUUGCUGGGUAUGUUUUGUCCUCCACUGUUUGAAACCAUCGCAGCACUAGAAAAUUACCAUCCCCGCAUAGGGCUGAAAUGGCAGCUGGGACGGAUCUUUGCGCUCUUCCUUGGGAAUCUCUACACAUUUUUAUUGGCCUUGAUGGAUGAUGUCAAUGAAAAACUGGCUGAAGAGGACGUCUUAAGGAACAUCACACACUGGACGCUGCUUAACCACUACAAUUCUUCCGUGGGGAAUGGCAGCACCGCCACACCGCCUCCCCUUGAUCCUGCAGACGUGCCCAGGGGACCUUGCUGGGAGACAACUGUCGGCAUUGAGUUUGUAAGACUCACUGUGUCCGAUAUCCUAGUGACAUACGUAACCAUCCUGGUGGGAGAUUUCAUCCGUGCUUGCUUCGUCAGAUUUGUGAAUUACUGCUGGUGCUGGGACCUAGAGGCUGGAUUUCCCUCCUAUGCUGAAUUUGACAUCAGUGGCAAUGUUCUGGGUUUGGUCUUCAACCAAGGAAUGAUUUGGAUGGGAACCUUUUAUGCACCAGGGCUUGUGGGUAUAAACGUGCUGCGCUUAUUAACCUCCAUGUAUUUUCAGUGCUGGGCUGUCAUGAGUAGCAAUGUCCCUCACGAGCGAGUAUUUAAAGCAUCCAAGUCUAAUAAUUUUUACAUGGGACUUUUGUUGUUGAUCCUGUUCCUCAGUCUCCUGCCUGUAGCCUACACCAUCAUGUCCCUGCCUCCUUCCUUUGACUGUGGACCAUUCAGUGGAAAGAAAAGGAUGUAUGAAGUCAUUCAAGAGACCAUCGAACUUGAUUUCCCACUUUUUGUUGCCAAGAUCUUCAGCUAUGUGGCAAAUCCAGGACUGAUCAUACCUGCAGUUCUGCUUAUGGUCCUUGCGAUUUACUACCUAAAUGCUGUGUCUGAAGCAUACCAGCGCGCCAAUGCAGAGCUGAAGAAGAAAAUGCAAAUGCUCCGUGAAGAGGAGAAAAACAAGAGAAACAACAAAGCCACCACAAAUUCUGCAAUGCAAGAUCUGGAGGACUUAUUUAAACCAAGUAUGAAGAGUGAAAGUCACCCCAAACAUGUGGAAGACAAGAAAACAGAGCCUCCUAAUAAAACCAGCCCUGUCGGAAAACAAGGAAAAGCAGCAGCUGAGGAUGGCAGCCCCAUAAACAGCAGGAGAGGAGCAGUGCUCACCCCACCACUGCGCAUGCUCGUGACACAGCCACCGACACCUGGUAUCAGGGCACCUUACCCUGGCCAGCCCAGGCCAGGGGCUUACCCAGAGGGACCAGUACCUUGGAGGGGGAGAGGACAGCCACGCUACCCACAUGCUGCUCCAUAA